AUGUCAGCAAGCCCCUCACCUUCCGCUGGUGGCGAUACCAAGCAGUCCGACCAGAUACACUUCCGCUUCUGCCGUGAAUGUUCCAACUUGCUGUACCCAAAGGAAGACCGUCACACCAACCAGCUUAUGUUUACCUGCCGUACCUGCCACGUCGGAGAACCUGCCACUUCCUACUGUGUCUACCAGAACAAGCUUAACAGUCAAGUCGGCGCCACCGCUGGUGUCACUCAGGAUGUCAGCUCCGAUCCUACGCUCCCUCGCGCCAACAAACUGUGCCCCAGCUGCGGUGAGAACGAGGCAGUCUUCUUCCAGUCGCAACAACGAUCUGCGGAGACCGGAAUGAAACUGUAUUACGUCUGCUGCGCCUGUGGUAAUGUGUUCAUGUGA